AGUCCGAGGGAUCCUCAGUCCUAUACUGUCCUUGAUCAAGAGUAGACGUGACACAAAUCAGCUCCAUGGACAACAAGGAGAAUAUUUUCACAAUGUUUGAUGAAGGAUAUUUAUCCUGUUCGGAGAUUUUCUCUGAUACAAUUCCAGCUAAAUCUACAGCUCAAACCUAUCAGAAAACCUACCCUAAGGUUCUUCAAGUAAAAGCUCAGAUUGAUAAAACUUUAACUUCCGAUGACAGAGUUUUGACAAAUAUGAUUAAGAACGAGAAUAGAUAUCUACCCUCACACCCAGAUUACUUCCGGUCUGUUCAGAUAGAGAUUAAACCUCACAUGAGAAAGAUAGUAUCUGACUGGAUGCUGGAGGUAUGCCAGGAGCUCUGCUGCCAGCCGGAGGUCUUCUGCUUGGCCAUGAACCUCAUGGAUAGAUUCCUUGCUAGAUGUCGCAUCAUUAAAUCCCAGCUCCAGCUUCUUGGAGCCGUCUGUCUCUUCCUAAGCUCCAAGUUUAAGGAGACAGCUCCAAUCCCGAGUGAAAAACUUGUGAUGUAUACAGACUUUUCUGUAACCCUGGAGGAAAUCAGAGAAUGGGAACUGAUCGUCUUGCAUAAACUUAAAUGGGAUCUUUGCUCCAGCACUGCUUUAGACUACUUGGAUCAUAUCAUCCCUCGUCUCAUCAUCCAUCCCUCUGUUGAUCAUGCUAAACUCAGAAGACAAACCGAGACGAUCAUUGCUCUCACUUCAACUCAGUAUCUUUUUUCUUAUGUCCGUCCAAGUGUGAUUGCAUCCUCAGCAAUUGCCGUCUCUCUUCGUUGCCUUCUACCAAACUUUUCCGAGGACGGAGCUAGACAAUUCCUGACCAGCCUCCAAACCUUUUCCAGGGCCAACACCACUGACCUCGAGGCUUGUAGCAGUGCUAUGAUCCAAACCCUACCCUCCUACCUCACAACAGCCGUGACCUCCGACCCUUCACCCCCAUCUCCUUCCCCUUCAAGUACAUCAUCAUCAACACCGUCAACGCCAAACAAUCAAAAUACAAAUUUUUCAGCUGAUCUCAAUUCUUCUCUUCCCCUUCAAGGAAGCUUCCAGCAUAUGAUGGUCAAGUCUUGUUGAUCGUAUCAUGCACAAUGUAAAUGGUGAAAAUUGUAUAAAAAAGAAAUUUCCUUCAGAAUUCAUUCAGAGGCAUUUUAUCUCAAUCUUUUAAAGAAACCGGGCAUUUAUUCGUCGGCUGUUAAUUAAUUAUUUUAUGUACAAUCUAUAAAUUUUAAUGUAUUAUAUUAUUAUUCUUGUUUUUACAAUAAACGUAUUUAAUAUAA